AUGAAGGGCGACGAAAGAGAGUGGGCGUCUUUUCUGAACGCGAGACGCGGACUUUUUGUCUCGGGAGUAUCCGGGAUCUUUACAACGAGCACAGAGGAUAAGUCCCUGAAGGUGGAGUUUGAGGCUACGGUGAGAAUGCACCCCACGCACCUCCCGCUGGGCUUCGACGUAGAGGCGCUGAAGGCGGAGAGGCACCGCCUGCAAACCAUCAGGAAGGCGCAAGCCAUCGCGAGAAUAGCAAAAGAGUACGCGGAGAGAAACAAAAUCCCGUACGAAGAGAUAUCAGCAGAUCCAAAGGCGUAUCUCGAGAAGCACCGAGCCCAGAAAGACGCUUUCAGCACCCUCCUGAAGAUAAAGAAGCUCUCCCUCUACAACGAGCAGACAGUCCUCCGGAGAAAUGUCUACCGAGGGAUCAAGGAAAUCAUCAGCCCAGAAAUCCUGAGGCGAGCAAAGUCCUCGCAGAAGCACAAGCACGAGAACAUGUACGACCUCCGCGUACUUUCCGACCUGGAGACCCGGCACAUCGCAGCAGGAGAAGCAAAAAAAGCCGCCUGGUGGAUUCGAACUCUCCAGGCAGUGAAGCAGGGAGCCCUCAAGUCCGUCCAGGCGCAGAAGGACCAGGUCGCAAACCAGCAGAGACUCUUCAUAGCAGUCAAUGCGAUCCACGACAAGCACAGGAAGGAGCAGGAGAAGGCCCAGAAGAGGGCAGAGAAGGCAAGAAUCCAGGCCCUAAAGUCAAACGACGAGCAGGAGUACCUAAAGCUCAUAAAGCACCAGAAGAACACGAGACUCACGCACAUCCUGAAGAAAACGGACGAGUACACAAACAUCCUGAAGAGAAGAAUUAGGAUACAGCAGGGAGCACAGGAGGAGGAAAGCACAGGAGAUUACUUCGAGGCAGCACACGCUUCGAAGGAACUCGUUAAGGAGCAGCCAAGAUCCGUCUCAUACGGACUCCUCAGAGAGUACCAGCUUAAGGGCGUAGAGUGGAUGGUCAGCCUAUACAAUAAUAACCUCAACGGAAUACUCGCAGACGAAAUGGGCCUCGGAAAGACAGUGCAGGCAAUCGUUUUCAUCUGCUACAUCCUCGAGAAGAAGCAGGAGAAUGACCCCUUCCUCGUAGUCGUCCCCCUCUCCACGUUCUCGAACUGGGAGGGAGAGUUCGCAAGAUGGGCACCCUCCAUUCGCGUUCUCCCGUAUAAGGGAGAUCCCUCGUACAGGAGAGACUUAAAGAGAGAAACAGCAGGGAAGUACGACGUACUGCUCACAACUUUCGAGUAUGUGAUCAAGGAUAAGGCUUUCCUCUCGAAGACGAAAUGGCUCUACACAAUCGUAGAUGAGGGGCACAGAAUGAAGAAUUCAGGGUCCAGACUCUGCGUAGUCAUGAAUACGCACUACAAGUCAAAGUUCAGGCUUUUGCUCACAGGAACUCCCCUGCAGAACAGCCUCCCAGAGCUUUGGUCCCUCCUGAACUUCGUCCUCCCGAAGAUAUUCUGCGCAGGAGGAAGCUUUGACGAGUGGUUCUCAGCCCCAGUUGCACACGCAGGAGAGAAGAUAGAGCUGAACGAGGAGGAGGAACUGCUCAUCAUAAAGAGACUCCAUAAGGUGCUGCGGCCUUUCCUUCUGCGGCGACUGAAGAAGGACGUGGAGGCAGGACUCCCGCAGAAGGUAGAGACAAUCAUCAAGUGCAGAAUGUCUCCCCUGCAGAGGGAGCUGUACAGAGAGAUCAGAGCCUCAGCAAUUAGUAAGAGCGAGACAGCGAAGAAGCUGAAUAAUACGGUCAUGCAGCUCAGGAAAAUAUGCAAUCAUCCCUUCGUCUUUGAGGCAGUUGAGGACUUCGUGAAUCCGUCCCGCGUUAAUAAUGAGCUUCUCUACAGAGUCAGCGGGAAGUUUGAGCUUCUCCGGAGGAUGGUCUACAAGCUCAGGGCGACAAACCAUAAAAUUCUCGUCUUUUUUCAGAUGACGCAGAUAAUGACGAUUAUGGAGGAUAUGCUCGUAAUGGAGGGAGUGAAGUACCUGCGCCUGGAUGGGGCAGUUAAGAGCGAGGAAAGAGCUGCUCUCAUCGCAACCUUCAAUGACCCGGCUUCAGAGUGCGCAGUCUUUCUCCUGAGCACGCGCGCAGGGGGACUCGGACUGAACCUGCAGAUUGCGGAUACGGUCGUGAUAUUUGACAGCGACUGGAACCCGCACGCAGAUCAGCAGGCACAGGAUAGAGCCCACAGAAUCGGGCAGACGAAGGAGGUCCGCAUUUUCAGGCUCGUCACAGCGGAGACAGUCGAGGAGUACAUCCUCGAGAGGGCAAAUCACAAGUUGCACGUCGACGAGAAGAUCAUCCAGGCGGGAAGGUUCGACAACAGGACCACGCACGAGGAGAGGGAGGCUCUCCUGCGGAAUAUUUUCGAGGAGGGAGGACCCGGAGACGACGCCUGCACAGUCACAACGGACCAGGAGAUGAACAGGAUCCUCGCGAGGUCGGAGGCAGAGCUUUGGGAGUUCGAGAGGAUAGACGCGUCGGGAGUCCUUGGGCCGUCCGACCUGUACGCAGGACCAGCACCUUCGCUCCUGGAGAGGGAGGAGAGAGAGGAAAGCGCCGGGAAAAGGCGGAGCUCAGCGAGAGGGGGCGGGAAAAAGGGCGUGGGCGUGAGAGGGCGAUGCCAGGAGAUCCUCGGGGUGCUGGAGAGAAGCACGGCCGGGGGAAGGAGAAGGGCAGAGCUUUUCCUGCGGCUGCCAGAUCACGAGAUGUACCCGGACUACUACCAGGUCAUACAGAACCCCAUCUCGAUCGAGGAGAUCCGGGAGGGAGAGUACGAGACACUCGAGGAGUUCGCAGAGGACGUCCGGAGAAUGUGCAGGAAUGCGAUGACGUAUAACGCAGAGGGAAGUACCGUAUACCAGGACGCAGAGUACUUCCUGCACGUGCUGAAUACGAUGACAGAGGAGGGCGAGUAG